GUUACUCACUAUGGCAAACGAUGAGAGUACUAUGCAUGACGCAGGGGCCUGUUCUCCAUGAGUCUUUUACUCCUUAUGCCAAGUCGACAUAUCUUGCAUCAACCGCUGUCGAGCUCCUUGAUUUUGGUCAUCACACACCAUACCAACAGUCAAAAUGACACAGCCUCUCAAGCAUGUCGUUUUCGACGUCGUCGGCACCUGCGUAUCGUUCGACGCCUACUACGAACGCAUAGACUCAGUCUUGGGUGCAAAACUUCGCCAUCACCACAUAACCCCGCAACACUUCGGGUACACCUGGCAGACAGCUGCUGAGCUGGAAUUCACCUUCUUGUCCAUCUCCGAAAGCUACAAGCCUUAUAAGGAUGUUCUCCGAGGACUAUUUUACCGUACCCUUAGUCUUUGUGGCAUCGCCGAUACUCGGGCUGUAGCCACUGAAGAGGAGCGGGAACAAUGCAUCGAAGGCUAUUCCGCUUUACAGCUGCGACCUGGCUGUCAGGAGACGUUCCAGUUGCUGCGCGACAACGGCUUUACCGUCUGGUGUUUCACCACCGGGGAUGUGCAACGCGUCAGAGGCUAUUUCGAGCGCGCCGGUGUAGACAUGCCGCUGGAGAAUUUUGUUAGUUGCGACAACAUAGGCGUGGCCAAACCCGCUCUGCUCGCCUAUCAGGCUGUACGGAAACGACUUGGAGCAAACGAUGUGAAAUGGUUCGCUGCCGCGCACAUGUGGGAUGUCGCAGCGGCCACAAAAGCUGGUUUUCGUGGAGCAUGGAGCUCGGUGUACGAGAAGGAAGCUUGUCUCGACGUUUUUAGUGAUGUGAAAUUAGAGGUGGUGGCUGGAAGUCUCAUAGAAAUGGCGCAGCAGAUUGUAGAGAAGUCUCAAUGACAUCAGCAAAGAAUAUUCAUUUCCACAUGCCCUUUCCCAUACACCCCUCCCUGCGUUUUGCCCGAUGUUCGCC